CAGAAAGUCGAAACGUCUGCUUCUCUCUCCGUCUGUACGGAAAAUCAGCAUUUUUUGAUUAAUUGCUCCAUCAUUUCUGGCUCUUUCUCUCACCAAAUCACAAUUCUCAGACACACUUUCCUUCUACUUUCUCUCUCCUCAACACUGGAACACCCGAUUGCAAGCUUAACCUAACCUCAAUCAUCAUCAUCAUCUUCUUCUUCAAUACAUUUCUCAUUCUCCCCACCCCCUCCCCCUCAAAAGUUCACCUAUAACAAUUAAGAAAUCCUAGUUUCACAAUCCUAUGACAUGCCAGUGACAUACUGUGACGUUUUCGGCUUUCUUUUGCGAUCUGUUCAAGCCAUGGCUUGUUUCUUUGAUUGCUUUCGGGUUCGCAAUAACAAUCACCAUCGUCGUCAUCAUCACCAUCAUCCCCAACUCGCUCCUCAGGAUUCCCCGAUUUCUGAUUCUAGAGUUGGUGAUCAAGAAGAGGGGCGACAAAAGAUUCGUCUCUCAACUCUUUUUACAGCAGAAGAGGGGAAAGAAGUUGCUGCGAAAGAUGGGGAGAAUGAAGCACUUGUGCGUCGGGUGGGGCGACCCGAAGUCGAUCAAGAGCUUGUGGAGGAAGCCAAGUUCCUUAAAGCAUGUGGCACAAUUCCAGAGACUCCAGCUGAAAUCCGAAAAAGGGUUACUAUUGUGGAAAACUUUGACAAUUUAGAUAUGCAAAGACCACACAGUGUGCUAGAAUUUUCACCAGAGACUCCAGUUGAAAUUCAACAAGCAGAAACGUUGGCUGAAAAGUUAGAGAGAUCUGACUUACAAAGUUCUCAUAGUGCUAUGGAGUCUUCACCAGAGACACCUGAUGAUGUCCAAAAAGUGGGAACACUUGCUGAAAAUUCAGUGAAAUUAGAUGCUCGAAUACCACAAAGUAUGCUAAAAUCUUCACCUUAUCCGACACCCAUAAAAAUAAGUGCUGACAUGCAAACACCAGGAACUGUAUUUGCCACAAAUAUGAAAAGUCUAACUCAAGGGAAUGGUCGUAUACGGUCCCAGUAUGUCUUUACAGUCCCUAUAGAGAAUCGUUGUCAGCUAGAUGAGUUGAGAGAAGAGAAUUCUGUUCUCGAUGAAUCAGAUUCAUCAGAUCAUGGUGGAGAAUACACAAAGCAAGGAAACACUACGCCUUCUUAUGCAGUGGGUUCAAGUAAAAUUUCAGUCAAUGAAGAGAAACUGGGAGAUUUCAGUUUAUCUGCAUGGUUGAAGCCUCCAUCGUCUAAGAAUGAUGCCAGCUACAAAAAGCCUAACGUUGGCAGAACACCUGGAGAUAGGCCUAUUAUUGGGUUGGUUGCUACUCACUGGAAUGAUCUAGAGGAAGCUUCCCAUAUAUCACCCAAGGGAUGGGAUGGUAAUGGGAUUCCAAAUUCAACAACUAAAUACAAAGAGGAUCAGAAGGUUUGUUGGCAUGCUACUCCAUUUGAGGAAAGGCUUGAAAAGGCGCUAUCCGAAGAGACUGUUGUUCCCCAAAGGAAGCCGAUCACAGGGGCACCAAUUUCAUUUGAAGAGACAGAAGGCCAGGAUACUGCUACAUCACAGCUGCAGUCAAUGAGCUGUGCAAAGUCCGUGAUUUCAUUUUGAACACUUUCAACCUAGGAUUUCAUGAAAGUAUGAAAAUGAUUGUUUUCAUUGACAACAAUCUAACAUUGGCCAGUCCUUUCAGUAUAUAUGAAGAUAUCUUGUGUAUCUUUUGUGAGUGAACGUUUACUACACAGUAUACUGAAUAUGAGUGGUCGCAUGGGGGGUAAGGCACAUGAUUGGAUACACUCAUGAUUUCAAAUGCGAUUCACAACUUCUCAGCAGAAUAAAAAAUUUAGUGUAAAUAGAUGCAAAUUAUUUGGUACGGAAUAUCUGUUUAAAUGUUUCUAGGGUCAUUAUGGUGAUGAUGAGGUGAUUUCGUGUGGUUGAGGUUUGGAUGUGCAUAGCUUGAUAAUUAUAAUGUUGCCAUGUUAGCCAAUAUAUUCCAACCUUGUGUUUUUUUUUCUCA